GGACAGGGGGCGGAGUGUCUCGUCCAGGGGACUGCUGCUCCUGGGUUUCCUGGCUGCAGCAGGGAAAUCCCCAAGCCAGAGCAGAACUAGGGGGCGGCUGGGGUAGGGGCGGGCUCAUAGAAGAAGCCAGAGAGAGGUGACAGAGAGGGAGACAGACACUGACGACAGGGAACAGAAGAAAGGGAAGGAGAGACAGUGAGGGAGGCAGGAAGAGUGACUCACAGAGAGAAGGGAAGACGACAGACAGCGGGGAGGAGAGAAAAGAAAAAAAAAAUUAAAGCAGGAAGAUAGGAUGGAAAACCAAGAGGGAAAGGAAGAGAGGUAGUGAAACAAACAGCCGGGUAGAUUGAGAAGUGGGGGAAACAGGAAGCCAGUGAACAAGGGGUAAGGGGAGAAAGGGACAGUCUGGAAGGGAGGAAGAGGCAAAACUGAGCAAGGCAGAGAGGGAACUCGAGGGGAAAAGAGCAUCAAGUGACCCAGAGAGAGGGAUUCGGGGAGUCCAGGAGGGGCAGAGUCAGGGUCCCUAGUGCAGGCCAGGUGGGCCUCAGGAGAAGCAACACCUCAAUUCCCAUGGCGGGCCGGACAGUGAGGGCUGAGACCAGGAGCCGGGCCAAGGAUGACAUCAAGAAGGUGAUGGCAACCAUCGAAAAGGUCCGGAGAUGGGAGAAACGCUGGGUGACAGUGGGAGACACUUCCCUCCGUAUCUACAAGUGGGUGCCUGUUGUGGACCCACAUGAGGAGGAACGUCGACGGGUGGGAAGUGGGGCUGAGAGGCCCCGAGUCAGGGAGCGGAGGGGUCGGGGAGCCAGUCCGAGAGGGGGUGGUCCCCUUAUCUUGCUUGACCUCAGUGCAGAUGAGAACAGCAAUCAGAGUUUCCAUUCAGAGAGUUCCCUGCAGAAGGGCACAGAGCCCAGCCCAGGGGGAACUCCUCAGCCUAGUCGACCAGCUUCACCUGCUGCUCAACCAGAUGGAGCUCCUGAAGAUGCCCAGCCCCCAAGACUGGGUCAGGAAAGAGAACCAGGAAGUGUGACUAUAGGUGGGACAGAUGAACCCCCAAUGCUGACCAAGGAAGAGCCUGUGCCCGAGUUAUUGGAGGCUGAGGUUCCUGAAGCUUACCCAGUCUUUGAACCAGUGCCCCCUGUACCUGAGGCAGCUGUGGGGGAGACUGAAGACUCCGAAGGGGCACCCCCUCUCAAGCGUAUCUGUCCAGAUGCCCCUGAAGGCAGUCCUCUCCCUUCGGAUCCUUGAGCCUAAAAAGCUGAUCCAUAAGUUCUUAUGUCCUGCCUCUCUUCCCCCACCCCAGGCCUUUACAAAUAAAGAAGCUUUUGUAGCCAA